CAAUCACGAUUUGAAGUAAUUUUUUCAAGGUGAUAUGGAAAUAUUAUUUUGAACGUACAGACCUUGUCAAAUGGAUAAGUUAUUUAAAUUUCGAACAAACAUAAGUGCUUUUAGAAGGUACUUGUCAACACCGCCAUCAAAUCAAAAUGGAAGCAAUAUCUCACCUCAGUACCGACCUAGCGAACUUCAGAAGCUUAUUCUCGUGUGGACGAAAAAAUAUAAAAGCAAGCAAGACAUACCUCAGCUUGUUGCCCCUGACUUGAUUCACCGAGCCCAAAGUGAAGCGAGAAUUAAGAUUUCUAAUAUCUUGAUAGUUCUAACUAUACUGGCCAGUGUUGCCGCUGUCUUAUCAGGUAAAGCUGCUGCAAAGAGAGGUGAAUCUGUCCAGCAAAUGAAUAUAGAUUGGCACAAGAAAUACAAUGAGGACUAUGAAAAUAAACAAGCAAGCAGCAAAUAAACUGAUUGAUUUUCACAAAAUAUUUAUUAUGUAGAGAAAAAUAUUAAAAUAUAUUCUUUGUAUAUUCA